UACAACAGCGCAUGCGUAGUUCAACACGUGGUGAGUGUCAGUGAACUACCAACUACAACAUCCAACGUUGUAGAUUGCUGUUUUUUUUCAGAAUUCUUUCCCGUGAGAAGAAAACGAUGGUAAAUUUCAUAUGCGAUGCUUGUGGACAGACAAUUAAGAAACAAAAGGUAGAAAAACACUACCAAACGGAGUGCAGAAAUUGCAGUGUGCUCUCAUGUAUAGAUUGUGGUCAAGAUUUCCCGGGGGAUUCGUAUGUUUUUCACAAUAGCUGUAUAACUGAAGAGGAAAAGUAUCAAGGAAAAUUGUAUAAACCGAAGAACGAUGGAAGUAAGGGUGAACGUAAACAGCAAGAAUGGCUUGAGAGGUUAAGGAAGGCAUCUUAUGAUGAAGAAGAUGCCCGUGUUCGUAAGCUUGUUGUUAAAGUACUAUCUUACAAAAAUUUACCACGAAAGAAAAUGAAAUUUAAGAAAUUUUGUGAAAACAGCAUCAACAUAAGAAAUGAAGAUUUACUUGAGAAGUUAUGGCUAAAAUUUUCAGCAACCAACGAUGAAAAAUAUCAACAAAUGGUGAAUCCAACUACUAACAAAACGUCUGAAGAAAAUGACACUAAUUGUGCUCAAAAUGAGAACGUUAACAAACCUGAUGGGAAGCGUGAGUCUGCAACUGACCAGGUGGAAAAUAUUUGCAAAGAAAACCCAAAAAAUUUGGAAAAUAAGAUUGAAAUUAACGGCAGCAUCGCAAAUACUGCUAAGUGUAAAAAGAAGAAAAGGAAAGAAAGGGCUGACGAAGCAGAAUCUCACGUUCAGAAAAGAAAAAGAAUCAGAUUUAAUGGUGAUAUUGAAGAAAAUGAUAACAAAGGCAAGCAAAAAGAUAUGACUAAAGCAAAAGAACAUGUUGAAGUAAAACAAAAGGAAUUAAAAGAACCAAAGAAUAAUGGAGAUAAAUUUAAGUGGGAGGCAACUAUAAAGAAGUUACUAAAGUCUGCACCAGAUAAUGAAAUGUCAGUGAAGAAGUUGAGAAGAAAGGUAAUACGUGAAUUCCUUAAGAAUACCGAGGAUCACCAAUCAAGAACAGAACAAGAUUUAAGAAUCUUGUUUGACAAAAAACUUCACAAAAAUACAAAAAUAAAUGUAUUUAAGGAAAAAGCUAAAUACUGCAAGUGAAGUCUGGCUAUACCAAUGGUGAUCAAUCACUGUUUCUGACAUGAAAUAUUGUUCAUGUCAUUUGAAAUCCAACCUUUCAAUCUCAACAUUACCAUCAAAAUUGGUACAUUUUAUAACACACUGUUCAUGUUCAUUAAAUAUUAUACAUUCUCUAAUCUCGAAUACAAUAGAUGAAUUCAUGUUAGAACUCAGCAA